AUGUGUCAAGAAAAAUUGGUACAAGAAGCCGUACAUACAUUUCUUGAUAAUGGAAUCCGCGGACAACCCAUGAGGGACGGUAAUAAUAACGUUUACAAAUUGUUUUCCGAUAUAAUUGAGGGCAAAGAGGGAAGAUUUCGAGAGACUCUUCUUGGAAAACGAGUUGAUUAUUCGGGGAGUUCUGUUAUUGUCGUGGGUCUAUCACUUUCAUUACAUCGAUGUGAAUUGCCCCGCGAAAUAACAAUAGAGCUAUUUCAAAUGUUUCUAAUUUGUGGUUUAGUUCAAAACCAUUUUGCUUCGAACAUAGGAGUUGCUAAGAGGAAAAAUCGAGAAAAAGAACCCAUUAUAUGGGAAAUACUUCAAGAAGUUAUGCGGGGGCAUCCAGUAUUGCUGAAUAGAGCGCCUACUUUGCAUAGAUUGGGCAUACAGGCAUUUCAACCCAUUUUAGUCGAAGGACGUGCUAUUUGUUUGCAUCCAUUGGUGUGUAAGAGAUUCAAUGCAGACUUUGAUGGGGAUCAAAUGGUUGUUCAUGUGCCUUUAUCUUUGGAGGCUCAAGCAGAAGCUCGUUUACUUAUGUUUUCUCAUACGAAUCUCUUGUCUUUGGCUCUUGGGGAUCCCAUUUGUGUACCAACUCAAGAUAUGCUUAUUGGACUUUACGUAUUAACUAGCGGAAAUCGUCGAGAAAUUUGUUGUAUAUACAUUCGAACCACUAUUGGUCAUAUUUCUUUUUAUCGAGAAAUCGAAGAAGCAAUACAAGGUUUUUAUCGAGCCGAUUCAUAUGGUAUCUAA